CACAGACACACACACAGACACACACACACAGAAGGAGGGAGAGAGAGCGCGAGAGAGCGAGCGAGUGAACACAUCGCAGCGGAGAUGCAGCUGGAGCCGUCCCGAGGUGUUGGUGCGAGGUCAUGGUGUCCUGGACAGACGUCUGGGACCCCUUCCACGCGGGUGCGCUCCUCUCACAGCUGAAUGAGCAGUGGCUGGCUGGCCCUGCCCCGUUCUGUGACGUCACGCUCGUCGCCGCCGACGAAGCCAAGUUCUUCGCGCACCAAAGCAUCCUUGCUGCCUGCAGCCCACAUUUCAGACAGCUGCUGUCCUCUUCCACUUUGGCUCUCCUCAAGAAAGACCGGGUGCUUGAGCUGCCCCAUCUGCAGUCAAGGGUGCUGUCCAACCUACUGGACUACAUCUACACCUCACGCGUCUCUACGGUGUGCAGCACAGGGACCACGUGGCUCUGUGAAGCAGGUCGGAGCUUGGGUGUGCCUUUCCUGGCUGGUCUAAAAGUGGAGGAAUCCAAUCACAUGAAAAGCAAAAGUGGACAGGAUAGAAUCGAAGGGAUGGAGGAGACAGACAAGGCGGGUGCCGCCAAGAGCGCAAAAACACCCCUUUGUUUUCCCCUUGGCAUGGUUUUCCCCAGCCUCGCAGCAACAGAAAAACAUUGCCCCUCCUCCCUCUCACCACGCUCUCCCGCUUGCCUCAUGGGCUCUGAGGAGCCCCCGUGGAAAAUGGCCACCUCCAUAGGUAAUCAGCUCCACCACCUUCAGAACAAGCCUGUGACUUCCCUGUCUCCCUCUUCUUCAUCUCCCAUUGAUCUAACGGCACCUGCCAGGAAGGACUCACUAUCCUCACCCACCUCUGCCACAGUGAGCUCUGCUUCCCAGUUCCAGAACCUUCCUCUGCAGUCUCACCAAUCUGGACCACUGCUCGUAUAUCCAAAGAAAGCCACAGGGGAAAGCUUCCCUGCCGGCCUGGACUCUGAGCACUUGACCACAGAGACGGCUCAGAUACUGUUCAACAUGAGCACUGCAGCCUUCCAUGGCCGGCGGCCAACUGAGCCGGAGCAGAGUUCACGAGGCAAACCGGGGCGGCUGGACAGCCCUCCCAGGGGAUCAGGACUUCCUCACCCCAGUUCCUUGCCCCCCACUCUCUCUCCUCCUCCCCCUCAUGGCUCUUGUCAAACGGUCCCAAAGCCUGAACUGCUGUGUGGGGUAUGCCACCGGUUGUUUAGCUCUGCUUCAGCCCUCACAGUCCACAUGAGGCUGCACCGCAGCGGGCGUGCUCUCAGCUGUCGGCACUGUGGCAAAGCCUUCAUCCACAACAAGAGACUCCAGUCCCAUGAGGCAGCCUGCAGACAGGCCCCGCAUAUCCUGCCAGUUCAAACAAAGCAAGAGCCGCUUGAAGAGGGGGAUGACGAAGGAGAGAGAGUGGGAGCGAUGGAAGACCAACCUGAGCAAGGUCAUGCACUGCCCGGUCGACCUCCAAAGAAAGGGCGGGGCUUCCUCCGGCAGCACUCCCGUGGUUUCCCCCAGGCAGAUCUGCUAGGUGAGGAGGACCACUUUGUGAAAGUGGUGGAUGGACACAUCAUUUACUUCUGUGCUGUGUGUGAGCGCUCCUACAUGACACUGUCCAGCCUCAAGCGUCACUCAAAUGUACACUCUUGGCGCCGCAAAUACCCCUGCCGCUACUGUGACAAGGUCUUCGCCCUGGCCGAAUACCGCACCAAACAUGAGGUCUGGCAUACUGGUGAGCGUCGCUACCAGUGUAUCUUCUGUUGGGAGGCCUUUGCCACCUACUACAAUCUCAAGACACAUCAGAAAGCCCUCCAUGGCAUCAGCCCUGGCCUUAUCUCUAGUGAGAAGACAGCUAACGGUGGCUACAAGCAAAAGGUCAAUGCCCUCAAGCUGUACCGCCUGCUGCCCAUGCGCUCCCAGAAGAGGCCUUACAAAACAUACAGUCAGUCACUUGCUGACAGCUUAAUGUUGCCCCCAGACCCUACUGUGCCCCUGCCUUUGCCCUUGGACUGCAGUCUAACCUCUGCUUUGGGCCCCAGUGAGCUGCACUCACUCACUGGAGAUGGUCACCCACAGGGCAUACAACAUGGCCCCACUAAUUUUCCAUUUGGAGUCAGCAACGUGGGUUUGGAUCAAGGGGAAGCCUCCAAGCUUGCCUCUGCUCUGUUGGACACACCCAUGAGAGUAAAUGAAAGCGAGACAGCCAAAAAAGAGCCCAUCGGCAGCAGCACUCUUAGACUGCCUAAGGGCAACGGUGACUCCAAAGUCGGACUGUCCUCAGUUAUCACCUAUGGACACCCUAAGCCGUCAGUCAUUGUGCAUGGAACAGCUGUCUCCUCCUCUGUCAUUGUUCACAGUAACCAGAUAACCGCAAGGGUUGACAGAAGCUGUCAUGACGGCUCUUCCCCAGAGACCACCAGAAGUGAGCUGUCCCCCAAGGCCAAGCACCAACCCUUGAAGAAGCAUAUGCUGAAGGAGUACAUCCGGGCCCAGAGACAAGCUUCAUGGCAGGGGGAAGGAAUAACUGUCACAGAUGAACCAGGAAAUGCAGAGGAAACUGUGGGAGAAGAAAAGGCGAGACCCCAAAAGGGACGCAAACUGCACAACAAAAGCAUAACCUACAUGGCUAAGCCAGCCUGUAUGGCAGGAGUAUCUGAGGUCAAAGGCAUUGCUCCUCUCUGCCAGAUCACAGUGCGUAUUGGAGAGGAGGCCAUUGUCAAGCGGAGCAUCUCUGAGACAGACCUCAUGAGGGAUAAGAGCUCUCCACUGCCCAACAAACCAAAAAAGACUGACUCUACUUUACAGGAAAUUACAGAGGCUCAACACACACACCAUCACCACCACCGGCACAGACAUCGACCCCACCGUGAUCCCAGUGAGCAAGCAGAAGGAGACAUCAGAAGAAAGAACUCAAAAUCUCCUAAAGCCCAUGGCAAGGUCAGACAGUAUUACUUCCGUCAGGAGGUGAGAGAGGAGGACAGCGACCAGGACACAGAAGACAACCUCUGGCGGCCUUAUUACAGCUACAAACCCAAGCGGAAGGCCUUACACGUACAGAAGGUUAAGAAGACAAGCUGGCAGCGAAAACUGCGUUACAAGCACUCUCUCAGGUUAAUGAGGAGGGCAGAGAAACUCAUGGGACACAACCACAAGGAGGAAGAUGAGGGGCAGGAAGAGGAAGCUGAGGAGGGAGAGGAAUUGGAGGAGGAAGGAGGAGAGAAUGAGGGGAAAGAAGCAGAAGGACUAGCUGAGGAACACUCCACAGAGAGUACACACAGAAAUUCCACUCCAUCCAAACAACAGCAAGGUCAGGACACAAAAGAGGAAACCUCACUCUUUGGACUCAGCUCACCUCAGUCCCCUCUCCAGCCUCUCCUGGAUGCCCCCUUCCCAUUAUCUACCAGACAGGAGACACACCACCUGACUGACCAGUCGCCUGAGUGUGGAACCUGUGGACGACGGUUCUCCACCCCUCGCAAGCGUGACAAGCAUGAGCUGACACAUUUGCUAGAGUUUGUGUGCUUGCUUUGUCGAGAGUCUUUCUCCACACAGACACGACUGGAGAAACACCAGAGGACCCAGCAUGCCCCCUCUCAGCCUUCCCCCAUGUUAAAGAGCCAGCCACCGGACUUGGAUUUAGAGACAGAACAGAAGUUAGACAGGGAGAGGUUGGGCUUAGGGAAGGGGAGCCCAGGCCGAGUGGGAAGGAGGCCCUCAAUCAGACAUACAUGCCCUCACUGUUCCAAAGUGUGCAAAACAGCUGCUGCACUUGGGCGCCACGUGAAACGUCAUGAAUCAGGCAGCUCUGUUGCAGACAAGGAGGCUGAAGGUGCAGUCCUUCAUUCCCAUAAGGAGGUUUCAUUUCCAGGGAUAGUGCUACCUGAACUUUCUACAGACUCAGACGUUAAGUCGGCCUUAGUUAAGUCCAUCCCAGUCAUUAGCUACCCUGUAUUAACCCCACAGUCCAACGGAAGCUGUGAGUCUCAAGGCCCCAGUCUUGAGCAUGUGGGAAAAGUGGAGGCAGAGCACAAAGCAUUUGAAAUUGGGAUAACCUCAGUGGGCAGAAAUGAAGGGUUUUCUGCCAAAAACAAUCAUUCUCAUCAGGAACCUCCUUUUUCAGCCACCACCAUGUCCUCUAGCCCGCACAGCGUUUUGGUUCUCAGUAGUAAAGAAUCCAAGGAUAAGACAAGUUCAUUCAAAACUCUCAGAGACACAAGCCCAGGAGAAAAAGGCAGCCAGAAAAAUAGUCCAGCACCAAAAAGUGAAGCGGGGGAAAGGUCUCCAGGCAUGGCAUUGAAAUUGCAGACCAGACCUAACUCUGCUGCAACAGUGCCUAUAACGAUGGGAGCCAGUGGAAGGGGCUCUGUGGCAGCUACAGAUGCUGCAAAUCAUGAGGAAGGGUGCACUCCCAGUCGAGGAGUCAAGAGGUCACACAGCGAGAGUGAAGAUUCCACCAUACCCCAAGAUCUCAGGGCAACAGCCCUGUGUAAAAGCCCCAGUGCCAGGCAAGCACAGGAUUUAUCAAUGCCGUCCUUCGUAGGGAGAGAAAGGGAUCUUAGUCAACAGGCCAAGCCAAAUGGAGCCAAGGAGCAGAGGGAGAUGGUCCUGCUGGUGCCUAAACAAGAAGUGGAGACGCCAGAGUACUGUGCUGCUCAGACCACAGCAAGCUGCACCCCACAGAAACUCUCUAAGUCACCCUGCUGCUCCCCACAUGGCACAGACCUCCUGGCACGAGCGCAACUGGAAAGUAUCCCUACACCAAGGGGGGCCCAGGGCCAUGAGAGACCACAAAUUCUGCAGCCUCCAUCCUCCUCCAGAGCGAAUGAUCGCCCCUCAGCCCACGCCCUUUUGCUGCCUAGGGCGCCACCUCCAGAGCCUAAGCCUGAGGAGAGCUCCACGACAGCCUCCCAUGGGGACAUGGGGUACCCAGUCCAGGAGUUUCCUCUCCCUCUCAUUGUGCCUGGGGGCUGUCGCUCCAGUAAAAAGCAUGAGGAUAACAUUCUAGUAUCCUACCCUGCCAGCCCCAUCCCGUUUGGCCCACUGGGAAAGAUAGGUGCCAACGGGGAACUGGCCAAGCUGCCCUUCUACCCUGACCCUUACCAACUUCUGUAUGGUCCACAGUUACUCCCCUACCCUUACAACUUGGCUGCCUUGCCCAUGGCCCUGAACAUGAUGGCCCCUGGGGACAAGGUGGAGCCACUGCCCUUCCUGCCUGCCCUCUUCAACUACGGUGCCGGUCCGUAUGUUGGCACAGCACCACACCCACUGGUGGCCAACCCUGGCCAUUACAACAGCAGCAGCAGCAGCGGCAAGAAACGGGACAGCAACAACCCAUAGGUGGGAACACCCAGCAGCGGAAUAUUUAAAGGAGGAGGGUGGGCUUUUUCAGGGAGGGGUUCUUUUCUCCUUUGAGACUGAAUAUAGUUGCUCAGUCCCCACGCCUCUUUUGUAAAGUAGUGAUGAGACCUAGGCAAUUUUAGAUGAGGAGUAAAGGGAGGAGGAGCUUUGGAGGGGGAGUUAAAGGGGGGGUCGGAGGACAGACAAAGAUGGACUACCCCUCCCCCACCCCCCAUUUAUCUAGCACUUCCAGUACACCUCUCUCCUUUUGUCCUUUCUUUCUGUGGUAGUACUAGUGCUCGAUUAACUGUCCUCUCAGACUUGUUAUAAUAUUAAUAACUAUGAUAUAACAAUAAUUACAGCUAACAGGGUGUGUGUUUUGCAAAAGUAGUUCAGUCUGCUUCCCUUUAUAGUGACCGCAAAAGAAAAAGAAAAAAAUACAAAAAACCUCACUUGAGGCUGGUAACAUAUUAGGAAAGAAAAGGGACGAGUCUGAAAGAGCAUCACUGCACACUGCAGAGGUCAGAGAGCUAGAAGGUGAGCGCUUCUGUACUUGUGCGUGUACAUUUACGCGCGACACUGUGUAACAUACAUGUGGGUGUGUGGACGUGUAUGCGGGGAUGCAUACCUGCCUGUGUGUCGCUGUGCGGGUGUGUGCCUGUAUGUGUGGGUGUGUGCAUGUGGUUCGGCACGUGGGCGUGGCAUCCUCUGCCUCUCCAUGCUAGAGCAAUUUGCAGUAUGCGCUGUGCCAGACAAGUUGGCUGCUGUGGUCUUUGUACCGAGUCAUUAGAUCGAAAAACCACCAGAGGACUCUGCUGCUCGCAAAGCGGCAAUCCGGGCGACUCAGUGGCUCGAGUCGAAUUUAUCUGCAGCAAAGAUGAGUCAUGACCAACUGUAAAGUUAGCGCAUCUGUUGUGCCUCCACUAGCGGACGGCAAAAUGACAGGAGGUGUAAAGUCAAGUUGAGGGUGUCCUUUAGUUUUAUCUGUAGGGCGUUGCACAGUGCAACUCCAGACUUUGAAGUCAGUUAUGUUAUCAGCUGUUAUAUUCCAGAUUUUAGCUGAGCUCACUCUUGGGGACAUUUUGUGCUACUGGCCACAUGGGAAAACCUGUAGAGCAGAUGCUAGUUUAUGUACUUCCAAUUUUCUCCUGUUAUUCAUCUCAUCUCUUCCAAUUAUUAAAACAUGACAUGUCACCCUUACUUUAGUGGCCUUUUCUGUACCCCUCCAUCCCCCUGGUGUCCCCAGACACAAUAUUUGCUCGGCUGGGUCUGAGACAGACAAGGAACAUGAGAGGAGAGCGUUCGGGCUGAGCCCUGUGGUAUUUCAGAGAGACACUUUAGGAGGCAGGUACAGCCCAGUUUGUGUCUAAAAUGGAGCUCCCUGCGUCAUGACAGAGACGGGUGGGCUGAGGAAAGGGGGUUCGCUUUCAUAAGUGACAACUUUGUAUCAGUACCUGCUGGAUGGGUUCUGUGGCAGACAGAUAUAUUCCCUUCAUUUCUUGUGUGGACAGACGAGGGGAACGAUAUCAUCUGCCCCAAAUCCCACCCCCAGCUGGAGUGGGGUGGGGAGGGUAUACAGUCUGUCUCGGCGGACUUCCCUAGUCCCUGGUGACCUCUCCAUCAUCUGUAUGUCCCUAUGUUUUUUUAUAUGACUUACAUUUGUUUUACAUUUUUCCCUUUUGCCAGACAGAAGAGGCUUCUGUUUAAAAAGGGGUCUGAGUACACAGAAAUAUGAAUGUAAUUUAGUCAUGAGGUUAAUGAAGUACAAAAAACAACAAAAGGUAGAUGGAUUAUGUUCUCUGACUUGAAUAAUACUAUGUUAAAGAUCCACAGUCACUUUGUCAUGAGAUCUGGUAUAUAUACAGUAGUCCUAUAGGAACAUGUCUAUAAACUUGGGUUCUGUAUUCACCAAGCAUGAAGAUCACUUGCUUCUUUACAAUAGACUCUGGAAUUGCUUCACUUUCAUUUCCGUUAGUUUUCUUUCAGUGCCCUUGCUUUGUUUUUAUUUCCUUUAGGUCUUCAUAUAUAUUUCGUGCCCUUGUGUUUUCAAAAUUGAAAACCAAAAAUAUAUAGCUGGCCCAUGUUCCUGUCAAUCAGUGUGGGAGCUGUUGGGUCAUGACCCCACCCCCUAUCCCCCUUGCUUUAUGCGUGGCCUUUGGAGUCGUGUGAUUGGGCUGUGCAAUGAACCUGCAACACUGCCCACUGGUGGAAGGCACACCGUAAAGCGUCACGCAGUAAAGUGUAGGUCACUCGUGUGGUGGACUGCGGCUACAAGCCUUUGGUGUCACUUUAAGAAAAAAAGGAAAACCAAAAUAAAUCAUGUGAAAACACUGAGCAUGUCUACGGUACACAACCGUUGUCUCUUUCCAAUGGAUUUCUUUUAACAGAAGUCCCACAAUGGUUUUUGUU